GUUAUGCGAGGGAUUUAUGAGCGCUCCGCUUCGCGCACUGGUGGACUGCGUGAAGCCGUGGCCCGCACGGUCUCAUGACAAAACUGGAAAAACGAAUGGGGCAGUGUAGUCUGCCACCCACAUAAAACAAAAACUGAAAAACUGAAUUGACCACCGUCUGAUAUCAGACCCUUCUCCAAAGAAACAACAACAAAAAAACUUACAUCAAACAUCCAAGCCUAGCCUUCGAGUCUUGUUGCUAUGGGGAGAGUUCCUGCCGCCCGCAACGGGCUGUGAUUGGCCAAGAUCCUGCCUUAGGAGCCUAUCAGAGACCAACCAUUCCUCCGACAGGGCAACGGAGGAAAGCGGCACAGUGCGGCGAGCCCGAUGCGCGACGGGUGCUGAUGGCGGCGGGGCUGGCGGAGGGUCUCACCGAGGACGAGGAGGCGGGGAAGGGUCCUGGCAGAGCGAGGAGGCCCCGGCGGUACCGAUACACCGAACCAGAAGCCCACAGUGAGGACGGAUGGAGCGGGUCGCAGGAGUGCUUGGAGCCAAUCCCAGCACAGGCAGAGCCGGGGAUUUGAACCCCGAUCCUCAGGUGGGAUUGCACCUCGGCCGCCAUCUCGUCUCCUCCAGCCGUCGUGUCCCCGCGGUGUGGCGCUCAAAGCGUUUUGCCAGUUAGCGUGUAUUGACAGGAAGCUAGCGGGCUAACAACAACCUCGCCGUUAGCCGCUAAAAGCUGGAAAAGCAGAACUGACUCGGAGUGAUAGCGAUGGAACCACGAGGAUCGGCCCGCGUCUUCAGGGGCUAGCUGCUUGUUGGUGCAAGCAGUUAGCGGUGGCGCGGGACUAGGGAAGCGGGCGGAGCGGGGGUGCGAUGGAGUACCACUCCGGUGGCAGCCUGCCCCUGCUGGGGAGACCGCGCUACUGCCCUGGCGCCAACGCAAACGGCGGCUACCUGUGCGAGACGGGCCACUGCUGCGGCGAGACGGGUUGCUGCACGUACUACUACGAGCUGUGGUGGUUCUGGCUGCUGUGGACGGCCCUCAUCAUGUUCAGCUGCUGCUGCGCGUAUCGCCACCGGCGGGCCAAAGUGCGGGCGCAGCAGCAGCAGCGGCGCCAGCGAGAGAUCAGCCUGCUGGCCUACCGGGGCACCGCCUCCUACCCGUCCUCCAUGCUGGACCUCAGUUUCCUGGCGUCGCUCAAGCUGCCGUCGUAUGAGGAGGUGGCGGCGCAGCCCUCCACGCCGCCGCCGCCCUACAGCUCCGUCUUCACCGCGCCGCGCUACCCGCAGCCCCCCCGCGCCGCCGACCCCCACCUGCUCUUGCGGCACGACCCGCUGCUCCACAGGCCGCUCAGCGACGGGCCCUCCUCGCUCAGCUCGGACAACAGCUCCAGCUGCUCCUGCGACUCCUGCUGCCCGUCGUCCCCGUGCAGCUCCUUCCCUUCCGCCCCCUUGACCUACGAGACGGACACAAGCCACGCCUCCACGCCCAGUGAGUUGGCCGCCCUCCCCUUUGAUGCGGGCACGGAGACCCCCCCGCGGGCUCCUCCUUCGCCCGGCUCGGACACCGCGCCCGUUCACGCCGAUGCAGCCGCCGUCUCAAAAAUCAACUCGCCGCCGGCGGACCCCGGCCCGCUUCCGCCGGUAGACCCCGAGUCCACCCCCAAAAAGCUAACGUCGCCCGGGUCCAGCGAGUGCAAGGCCCCCUCUGCCCACUCCCCCCCUACCACCUCUUUCCUCCUGGACCCGUCCCAACCGGCCCGGCCAACUCAGGCCGCCCCCAAGCAGACGCUCUUUUCACCGUGCGUGGAUGUCAUCCGAGCAGAGACGGACGAAGAGGGGGACCAAGACAACGUGGACGCCGACGAGACCCAGUACCGCCACCGGAGACUGACCGGCGACUCAGGCAUCGAAGUGUGCCGCUGCCGCGUCCAAGGCCAGGAGGCGCGGGAGGAGGACGCCGAGAGAGAGAGCGCCGCGAGGGGAAAGAACUCUGAUCUCCACGACAGCGUGGACUGUCCUUCCAAGUGUGCCGCCACCCCGUGCCACCCCCACGAGGAGGCGGGCGAGGUGGUGGUUGUCGUGGAGACAGCGCGAUAGGGUGCGGCCCCCGGUCAUGCCAGAUGAGGGACAGGCCUGUCCGCAGCCGGUCAUCUUUAUUUCUCACGGACUUCCCGCUCUCAUCUACUUCUUGAUUGGACUUUUGGGAAGUGAAGUGGUCCACUUUGGCACGGACUCGUUCUGCCCGGUUGGACUUGUACAUUACCUGAUUGAAUGUAGACACGUUCGAAUUAGACGUAUAUUGCAGGCCGAACAAUUCCCGUGUAGACAUGGACGCGUCCUAGUUGGACACAGACUUGAUUCGGGACAUGUACACUUCCAGCCGGACACGUACGUAGUUUGGUUUGACGUUUUUCACUUCUGGACCGGUCUUGUGUACUUCCUGAUUGGACAUGUAGACUUCCGGUUGGACAUGGACACUUCCUAAUUUGACAUAGAUACUUCCUGUUUGAACGGCGACUCAUUGUUUGACACGUACACUUUGGAAAUGGACUUUGGGCAGGUCCUGUUUGGACGUUGAUGCCUCCUGAUUGUACAAGCGCACACCUUCUUUGGAUGUGUACAGGUCCCGAUUGUACGAGCACACGCCUCGAUUGGCUGUGUACGCUUCCUGAUUGGACAUGUACACCUUCUGAUUGGUCAGUUGCACUCCGUUGUCGGACGUGGACACUUCCUGAUUUGACGUGAACUCUGCCCGUUUGGGAUAAUGGAAACUUCCUGAUGUACCGUUUACUUAGCAGACGGGUGAGUGGAAAAUCCGGCUCCGCCCCUCUUUCGUGUUUUACAUGUGGUGCUUUUCUUCUUCUUUAGCUGAGGGACUGCAACCGCAGACACCCUCUGUGGUGAACUACUGUUACUACAGCUAGCCAAGUUUGUAGCGCUCUUCUUUCUCUUUUUGUCGCUUUUUACUCGAGUCAAAACACAGAAAAUGAUUGUUAGUACGCCGACCCGCUGCUAGCCAGAUGCUAUCUCCGUAGGAACCCAGCGCUAAUCACUAGUAGCGCACAAAGUUUGUCACCUUAAAUAAAUAAUAGUGGAGAAAGUUUGAAAAGCACCUAAUCUUGCGUAAAGCCAUCAAAACUGUGUUCCUGUUUUUUUGUUUUUGGGCUUUCAAGCCACACAAUUUGCGUCUGGUUUAGCACUUGCACACGUCGACGGAUUCAGUUUUUCUCUGCUCGUCGUUACUUCCUGUUUGUGUCGUGACGAGGCAUUAACGAGGCCAAUUCUUAUUCUGAGGAUCUUGGAUGUGUGUUUUUGUGUCAUCUGUGCUAAAUAAACGGAUCACGUGUA